AUGAAAAAAAACGGUUAUCGCCGACAAACGAGGUCUGCCACAUGCAUUCGAGAUGAAGGCAACAGCGGCCAGGGACAAAACUCACUCUUCGGCUUAGGGUCAUCAGCUUUCGUAGUAGCAGCCAUUGGGGAUUUUAAGCAGGCUGAGCACAAUCAAGAGGUAAACAUGUGGAAAGAUUAUUGCGAUUUAAUCAAGAAUCAGCCAUUCUCGAAUGAACUUUAUCUGUUAGAUAGACAACAACGUUGCGCAUUGGGCUGGAAGGAUACCAGCAAACGCGCAACGAAGCAAAGAAAUAUGAGAAUCUACCUUGUACUGAGGAAAUUGCCAAUUUGGACAAAGAUUCCCAAAAGAAAAGAAAGAAAAACUGCAUACUCGCGUAAAUCACAUGAAGUCUAG